AUGCCUAGUCAAGAUCGAACUCAGACCUUAGUGCUUGACACGGCGCCUCUCUUGACAUCCACCUUAUCAUCUUUAUUGGUCUUUUCUCACAAGUUUGUUACUACUCCUGAUGUGAUGGAAGAAGUUAGAGGAAAAGGUCAAAGAGAUCGAAACCAGGAGACCCAAAAAUGGCAAGGGUUGGAAAUUAGAGAACCAUCUGUGGCUGGGAUUUCAAAGGUCAAGGAAUUUGCACGUCAAACGGGUGAUAUUGCAGUUUUAUCAACAGCUGAUAUUCGAGUUUUGGCAUUAGCUUAUGAUGUUGAAGUUGAAGCCAAUGGUACAUGGAGACUUAGAGAUAAAGUAGGAGGCAAGCGUCUUGGAAAAGAUCCUGUAAAAAAGGCAGCUCGAUUAUUACGAAAGCAAGCUAGAAUCGCACAAGAAUCAGAAUCUAUUAAACCUACGGAUCAAAUAACACACUCAGAUGUUGAUACUCUAGCUGAAUGUACGGAACAACUUGACAUCACCAAGGACACUCCUAACGAUACCCACGAAAUUGAUACCUCUAAUGCUGAAGACCAACCUGACGAAUCUAACUCUGAAGUCGAUGACGAUCACCCAGACGAGCAGGAGCCUUCGAUAGCAGCAACAGACGACAACGCCAACGACGGAUGGACUCAUAUCGCUUCCGAUCCAUCCUGGAUCACCCCAGACAAUGUUCAUCUUCAUAAAGCAAAGGAUAUGGGUUUCUUCCCUUCGCUUGCUCCUAAAGCUUCUCAACCCGGAGAUUUUGCUAUGCAAAACGUUGCCCUCCAAAUCGGCCUCAAUGUCUUUGGUGUAGGAGGCAGGCGCAUCAGGGACGUUAAAACAUUCGUUCUGAGAUGCUAUGGGUGUUUCAAAAUUUGCAAAGACCCUACUCGUAAAUUUUGCCCUACUUGCGGUGGAGCGACUUUGACGAGAGUAUCUAUCACCUAUACACCUUCUUCACCUAACGGGUACAUUCUUCACCUUAAAUCGAAUUUCCAAUACCGAAAUCGAGGUACAGUUUACAACAUACCAUCAGCCAAACCAGGUAGUUCAUCAUUUGACAAAGGAGCCAAAGCAAAGGGCAACGUUAUAAAUGGUGCUACAUUAGUUUUAAGAGAAGAUCAAAAAGAGUUUCAAAGAGGUUUGAAAUCACUUGGAAUUCAAAAAUUUAAAGAAGAGCGUAAAUUGAAUCAAACAAGACAAGAACGUUCGGGUAAACAAGACUCAUUUGUUUUUGGUGGUGCUAAUGGAUGGAAUGAUCCUGAUUGGGAAGCUCCUAUGUUGAUGGGUGAACGUGGUCGUAAAGGUGGUCGAGCAGGAAAUAGAGAUGUACAAUAUGGCAAGGAUGGUUUACCGGUGAUUGGAUUUGGCAAAAACCCAAAUGUGGUGAGACGAAAACGUUGAUCUGGCGGCUUUAUCUUCAAUCAUGAUGUGCUCAGUUAGUUCAGGCAAUUGAGUAGAUAUGUUGACGUUGCAAAUGAUAUAUUCCUGGUGCAUAUCUGGAUAUGAUUCAUGUUGCUAAUGCAGGGUGUCCAAUUAUGAAAGACAAAUAUAAACUAGUGAAAGCGUGAACCAUGAGGCAGAGGGAGAGUCGACUGGAUGUUUAAAGCCUCAUUCAAGCUUGGUCAAUGAUGACCUCUUAAAAUAUUCAGCCCAGUGUUCGUUUUUUUUCUUGCGAUGACGUAAUUUAAAGACUUCAAUUUGUUACAUGAUGUUAGUCGUACCAACAUACAGGUUGUUUGAUCAUCAUCUCAAGUAAGACUACAACUUGUAUUAUGUAAGAACAACUGGCCUAUGCAAAUC